AUGGUGCUUUCCAUAAGAAGUGCUUUGCUCAAAUGUAAAACACAGGCAAAAGAGGCAAUUAGAUCAAGGCUGGAAGACCUGCAGAUACGAAGGACAGCCUCCAAUAAAACGCUUCUGCAAAUGCGCGCAGAAGAGGCCCGAAAAGAAGACGUUUUCAUACGGGCCCAUGCGGAGCUGGAGAGAGUGUGCGAAAUAAUCGAAGAAGAGUCCUCGCCCGAGAAGGUGGCAGAAGAGGUGGAAAAGCUGUGCACAGCCUCCAGCAACCGGCGGAUGCACACCAAGGAGUUUUUCAAGUUUGUGCUUGAAAGGGCGCAAGGGAGGAACUGA